AUGGAUCUGAUGCGGCGGAUGCCGCCGGGGAGCACCGAGACGGCGCUCAACGCGCUGCUCUCCCUCCUCCCCGACCACUCCCUCGACCUCCUCUCCCAGGUCGACCUCCGGCUCCAGGUUUGCAUGGAUAAGGAGAACAAUAAGGAAUACAUUCUUUGCGAGUAUAACCGCGACACCGAUUCCUAUCGAUCACCUUGGUCAAACAUAUAUGAGCCUCCUUUAGAAGAUGGGACAGUUCCCUCAGAAGAGAUGAGGAAUCUUGAAGUCGAGGCAAAUGAGGUUUUCUCUGUCUAUCGUGAUCAGUACUAUGAAGGUGGGAUCUCAUCUGUGUACAUUUGGGAGGAUGAAGACGAGAGUUUCAUUGCAUGCUUCUUAAUAAAGAAAGAUGGACAAGGGAAAAGAAGUUAUAUGCAAAUAGGUUCGUGGGAUGCUAUUCAUGUUAUCCAGGUUGGUCCUGAAGAGGAAGGAGCAGCACAUUACUGCUUGAACAGCACUGUUAUGCUGUCAUUGACAACAGAUAACAAGCAAUCGGGAACUUUCAACUUGUCCGGAUCAAUUAGGCGGCAGAUGAGCAUGACUCUCGCUGUGGCAGAUGGGCAUCUGGUUAACAUGGGGAAAAUGAUAGAAGAGAUGGAGGGCAAGCUGAGAAAUUCACUGGACCAGACGCAUGAUGGGUGCAUGCAGGCCGAGCACAGCAGGGUGCUGCCGGCGGCGGCGUCCACGCCUGCCAGGUCUAUUUUGGGAAAACCAGGGAAAUGGUUUGCACUCUUAGGCCACCGCCUGAAGUACUUAACAUGA